AUCAAAAUUUCCUCAUUUUUACAUACAGGUGAUCAGGGACUGAUGACCAGAGGAUAUCAGUGUGGAUAGAGGUCAAGAUGCUCAGGAUGAUCCGCAGGUGGCUGGAGAUGAAAAAGCAUAUAACCGGCCGCUGAAGAGGGUAAAGGCAUCACGUUAUUUAGUGGCACCCGCUUCGCUGGACUCGAUGACGACGCCGGCAGUACCCGGAGCGGCGGCGGUGGCCGCGUGCGCCGCCAUGGCCGUUUCCUACGUCGCCGUCCUCUACGCCCCCACGGUCCUCCUCCGCCUCCCGCCCCCGGCCUCGCUCCGCGUCUUCCUCCACCGCCGCUUCGCCUGCGCCGCCGUCGCAUCCGCCGCCUCCGCCCUGGCCACCGCGGCGCUCCUCCGCGUCUGGAACCUCGGCGAUUUCUCCGAUAUGCUCGCGGUGUUCGGCAUUCGGAAGGAUCAUUUGCUUGAGGCAGCGGUGAUCCCACUUCUCCUUACGUCCCUAGUGUAUGCUGGGUCAUUCGUCGCUAGACUGUGGGUCCUGGUGAGCUCGUGGGGCGGAGAUGGUAAUGAAGUGGGGAUCGGUUGCGCCCACAGGAUUGCUUACCGGAUCCAAGCAGCUGUUGAAGAUGUAAUGGUGUGGCGGAACUAUGUAGUGGCACCAUGUACCGAGGAGCUCGUUUUCAGGGCGUGCAUGAUACCGCUUCUUCUGUGUGGUGGAUUCAAAAUGUAUAACAUUAUUUUUUUUACUCCAGUCUUCUUCAGUCUAGCACACUUAAACCAUUUGUUUGAACUACACCAGCAGGGACGUAAUUUUAUGAGAUCGCUACUGAUUGUAGGUAUCCAGUUAGGCUACACUGUAAUCUUUGGGUGGUAUGCAGCAUUUUUAUUCAUUCGAACAGGGAAUCUGUUAUCUCCUAUUGUUGCUCACAUCGUUUGUAAUAUGAUGGGUUUGCCUGUUUUCUCAUCACCACGGACAAGAGGAGUGGCAUCGGUAGCAUUUCUGGCUGGUUCAAUAUCCUUCUUUUGGCUCCUUUUCCCCGCAACAAGCCCGAAACUAUACAACACUAGGUUAGAUCGCUGCAGUUGCUGGCAUGGUUAUUGCAGAUGGGAAUAGACAGAACUAGAUUGGAGACUGCAAUGGAUUCUGAGCCUAACUUUUGAAGCAACUAACAAGUGAAGCUCCCAACUGAUAGCAGCCGCUGCUGUCAGAUUCUUCAUUUAUUUUUCUUUCCAAGAUCCCAUAUGAAUGUUGUCAAACAUUAUUGUAGAUUCCCCUUGUCGUGGGAUAUGAAUGUUGUCAAACAUUAUUGUAGAUUCCCCUUGUCGUGGGGUUAGUGUUUGGACUGAACAAAAUUGCAUUUCAUCAUUUGUUGAAUAGAGAUCAGAAAGUUGCAGAAUCAA